CAUGCUGUGGGCUCCCACCAGUUUUGCUCUUUUCUCAGAAGGUGGAACCAGGCCGGGAAUCAGUGCUCUGGCACAGCUUCUUCCUUGUGGCCGAGGGGGAACAGCUGCUGGAGCGGUUCAGGAUUUGCUGGCUUUUGAAGAAAUUGCCGUUUCCUUCAUGGACGAGGAGUGGGAGCUCUUGGGUCAGGACCAAAGAGCACUACACAGACAAAUCAUGGAAGAGCUUUAUGGGAUUGUAGCCUGCCUUGGUGAAGACCAGGAAAAGCAGGUCAAGAUGGAGAAUUCUCCAUGUAGAGGAGAUGAUCUGGAGUAUAUAUGUAGGACAAUCCAACCAAUAAGCAACGUGAAGAUUUCAGAGAUCAAGGAGGAAACAGAUGGAUCCAAAGAGCAACAGGAGGACAGGCGACUUGGGAUAAAAGAUGGAAGUACUGAAUUUGCAGAAAGCCUUACAAGUGUGACCAUUGAGCCAUUCCAAGCAGAUUCAGAGGGGGAAAUGCCCUUGUUCUCCAAGUAUGAUGGAAGGUAUAAUUACAAAUUAGAGCUUGAUCUGACAGCUUUUAGCAAGGGUUGUACUCAGGCUUUUGCACUAGAGGAGGGCUUCCAGCAAAAUACGUGUAACAAUGAAAAGGAGAAAAUCAUAAUAGGUGAGAGAAAGGAUGUGUUCUCUGGGGAGACAAAAGGAGAUCAUUUGAGCCAAUAUUUGAAUUAUCAUCCUGACCCUAACCCAGAAGAGAAACCAUACAGGAAAAGUAUUAGUUAUUCCAGUCAAGAAAUUCGAAAUAAAGACAGACCAUACCAGUGUUUCCACUGUGGGAAAUGCUCCAGUCAGUUAGAAUGUUUAAAGAGGCAUCAAAGAAGUCAUAGAGCAGACAAACCAUAUAAGUGCUCUGAGUGCAGCAAAAGUUUUCACUCCAGUCAGUCUGUGAAGAUCCACCAGAUAAUCCAUUCUGGAGAGAAACCACAUAAAUGCCUGCAGUGUGGGAAAUGCUUCAACCGCAGAGGAAUCCUGAAGAUCCAUCGCAGAAUUCAUACGGGAGAGAAACCCUACGAAUGUUCUCUUUGUGGAAAAUGCUACAGUGAGAAAGGAAGUUUGAUGAACCAUCAGAGAAUUCAUACUGGAGAAAAACCAUACAAAUGUUCUCAGUGUGGGAAAUGCUUCAGGCAGAAAUCAGUUUUAAAUACUCAUCGCAAGUUUCAUACCGGAGAAAAACCACAUAAAUGUCCUCAGUGUGGAAAAUGCUUUAGUCUCCCGGCCGGUUUGAGGCGACAUCAGACCAUUCAUACUGGAGAGAAACCCUACGAAUGUUCUCUUUGUGGAAAAUGCUACAGUGAGAAAAGGAAUUUCAUGAACCAUCAAAGGGUUCACACUGGAGAGAAACCAUAUGAAUGUCCACAGUGUGGAAAGUGCUUCAGUCAAAAGCGUAUUCUGAACAAACACCAGAUAAUUCAUCUUGAUGGGGAGCCAUACAAAUGUUUGCAGUGUGGCAAAAGCUUCAAUGAGAGAGGUGCUCUUAAUAAACAUCAAAUCAUCCAUACUGGAGAGAGACCAUUUGAAUGUCUUCAGUGUGGGAUAUGCUUCAAUCGGAAAGAAACCUUGAAGAUCCACCAUAGAAUUCAUACGGGAGAGAAACCAUAUGAAUGUUCUCAGUGUGGGAAGUGCUUUAGGAUGAAGACAACUUUAAACGCCCACCAAAAAUCUCAUACUGGAGAGAAACCACAUAAAUGUCCACAGUGUGGGAAAUGCUUUACUCUCCCAGGAGGUUUGAGAAGACAUCUGAAAAUCCAUUCUGGCGAGAAACCCUACAAAUGUUCUCUUUGUGGAAAAUGCUACAGCGAUAAAAGAAAUUUGAUGAACCAUCAAAGAAUUCAUACUGGAGAGAAACCAUAUGAAUGUUCACAGUGUGGGAAGUGCUUCAGUCAGAAGUAUAAUCUGAAGAGUCACCAGAUAAGUCAUCUUGGUGGGGAACCGUAUAAAUGUUCGCAAUGUGGGAAAUGCUUUAGUUUCCCAGGAGGUUUGAGAAGACAUCUGACCAUUCAUACUGGAGAGAAACCAUAUCAAUGUUCUCAGUGUGGGAAGUGCUUCAGAGAGAAAGAUAGUGUAAAUAGACAUCAGGCAGUUCAUACUGCAGAGAAACCCUACAAAUGUUCUCUUUGUGGAAAAUGCUACAGUCAGAAAAGAAGUUUGAUGAACCAUCAAAGAAUUCAUAUUGGGGAAAAACCAUAUGAAUGUUCUUAGUUAGGGAAAUGCCUUAGGCAAACUGCCGCUUUGGACACUGAUCACUCAUUCCCCUUUGUCCCUUACCCCUGUUCGAAAAUGAAAAUGCUUAA